UUUGUAUUCCGGUGUGUAGCUGUUCAUUUCAUUUUUCGCGAGAGGUGGUGGUGGUGGUAUUUAUAAACUAACGGAUAUACAACGGGUCCAUCAAGAGAACAUGGAAGCCUUAAUCCCCGUCAUCAAUAAACUCCAGGACGUUUUCAAUACGAUCGGUGCUGACGCUGUUCAACUGCCGCAGAUUGUGGUAGUGGGAGCCCAGAGUUCGGGCAAAAGCUCCGUUUUAGAGAGCCUGGUGGGAAGAGACUUUCUUCCGCGAGGUUCGGGCAUCGUCACACGAAGGCCGUUGAUUCUUCAGCUGGUGCACGUUUCACAACAUGAUCAUUCCCAACACCGAUCUGCCGACGAAGGUAAUAGACAGCGGUCGUCCUGGGUGAUAUCUAAGACGUAUUAUUCCACAGGCACAUUGAAGUUAGAAGAAUGGGCAAAGUUUCUACACACCAAGAACAAGAUCUAUUCCGAUUUUGACCUUGUUCGGGAAGAAAUCGAAGCCGAGACAGAACGAAUGGGUGGAACAAACAAGGGCAUCUGUCCGGAACCCAUCAGUCUCAAGAUCUAUUCCAACAGAGUCGUCAACCUUGGUCUCGUUGACUUGCCUGGACUCACCAAGGUUCCGGUGGGAGACCAACCGGAGGACAUUGAGGUGCAGAUUCGUCAACUCAUACUCAACUACAUCAGCAAUCCCAAUUCAAUAAUUUUGGCGGUGACCGCCGCCAAUACCGACUUUGCCACCUCCGAGGCCCUCAAGCUUGCCAGGGAGGUUGACCCAGACGGUCGUCGCACCCUAGCGGUGAUCACAAAACUUGAUCUCAUGGAUGCUGGGACGGACGCCAUGGAUGUCCUUUGCGGACGAGUCAUUCCUGUCAAGUUGGGCAUCAUUGGAGUAGUGAACCGUUCCCAACAGGACAUCAAGGACAAGAAGUCGAUUCAAGAUGCCCUUAAGGACGAGACUGGGUUUCUUCAGCGAAAGUAUCCUGCGCUGGCCAAUAGGAAUGGAACAGCUUACUUGGCCAAAACGCUCAACAGGUUGCUCAUGCAUCACAUUCGGGAUUGUCUGCCAGAGCUGAAGACUCGAGUGAAUGUUAUGAUCUCUCAGUUUCAUUCCCUGCUCAAUUCCUACGGAGAGGCUGUAGAGGACCAGGGACAAACACUGCUGCAGAUCAUCACAAAGUUUGCGUCAUCGUACUGCGCGACUAUCGAGGGUACGGCACGCAACAUCGAAACGACAGAGCUCUGUGGGGGUGCUCGUAUCUGCUACAUUUUCCACGAGACAUUUGGUCGUACUUUGGAUUCUAUCCAUCCCUUGAGUGGACUCACCACUCUGGACAUUCUCACAGCCAUUCGCAAUGCAACUGGUACACGGCCAGCAUUGUUUGUGCCCGAAGUGUCCUUCGAAUUGUUGGUCAAGAGGCAGAUCCGCCGACUGGAAGAACCGAGUCUGCGUUGCGUCGAGUUGGUCCACGAGGAGAUGCAACGCAUUAUUCAGCACUGUGGUACGGAAGUGCAGCAAGAGAUGCUGCGUUUUCCAAAGCUUCAUGAGAGAAUUGUCGACGUGGUCACUCAUCUUCUACGGAGAAGACUGCCAGCUACAAAUCAGAUGGUGGAGAAUAUGGUAUCGAUAGAGCUCGCCUACAUCAACACAAAGCAUCCAGACUUCCAUGAUGCAGCCCUAGUAGGAAAUUUGUCCAAGAGUUCUGAGCUGGGCAAACGUAAACUGCAGAACAUGCCACUUCAGGAUUGCAGUGAGCAAGAAAAUCAAGCCAACAAAGAGAAUUUGACAUCAGAGCCAAAUGAUAAGCUCAAGCAAAAUGAGCUUUCUCAAAGAAGUAUCGCUACCAUCCGUGGAAGUGGUGCUGCCUCAGAGUCGGCAAGCGGGUGGAUCGCAAACUUUAUGGGCACAAGCAGGGCUGGAAGUGGUUCAAACACUCCUGCUGAUGUCACACCCUUGUCUACACCCAUGCAUAGCAAAUUGCAGAGUCCCAUCAAGCCCGUCAACCUUCUUCCUGAAGUGCCUACCAACACGUCUAGGAAGUUGUCGGCUCGAGAGCAGAGAGAUUGCGAAGUUAUAGAGCGGUUGAUCCGUUCCUACUUCCUCAUCGUGCGCAAGAACAUUCAAGACAGCGUUCCAAAGGCGAUUAUGCACUUCUUGGUGAAUUUUGUUAAGGAUAACCUUCAGAGCGAACUAGUCACUCAUCUCUACAAGCAGAACUGCUUCGACGAACUGCUCGCUGAGUCUGAACAUGUUGCCAUCCGUCGAAGGGAAGCAGCAGAUAUGGUUAAGGCCCUCCAGAAGGCAAGCUUGAUCAUCGGUGAGAUACGGGAGACACACAUGUGGUAGAAGACAAGUGUACAAACAUUGUGAUUGUUAGUGAUAAGUUAGCGGUCCACCUAAUUUCACCUAUAAACCCAUUUCUGCGUUAUUUCUUGUCACAUUGUCAUUGUAGGUAUUGAUCCAGGAUUUUGUACUACCCUAGGAUACGAUGAAUUUAUUAUGUACUUGUACGAUGACAUUGUUUUCAAUAAUAGGAGCUUUAUGAUAUGUAAUUUUGAUUGUGCAUAUUAAAGGAAUUGAAUAUGUUUCUA